GAAAGAAGAAAAGCGAAAAAGCAAACUCUGAAGAUAUUGCAGAAUCUGGCAGGCCUUUGUCUGCCAGAUCGCCCUCUCUCUCUCUCUCUUUCCAGUUUCCACUCCUGAUAUAUGCUUCAUUAGCUGGACAGAAUUAUAAGAAGAAGAAGACGAAGAAGAAGAGAAAUGGGGGUAGGAGUAGCAUCUUCAAAGCUGAAAAAAGCAGCAUGGAAGAUGGUAGUGACAGCAUGUGGCUCCUUCUCCAUGAAAACGCCUCCUCCUGUGGACCCUGUAGCUAUUGAUCCCACCAUCUUGGGUUCUUCGUCAGAGUCUCCCCCACUGUCCAGAAAUGUAUCAGAAGAAGAAGAAGAUGCUGAAAGAGUCUCCACUCCUACCAGCAUCACCAACAACAGCAAGCCCAAUUCUAAGAACCUUUGUGCAAUAUGUCUGGAUCCUCUGCGUUACAGCUCAGGCGGCAGGCCAGGGCAGGCUAUAUUCACUGCCCAAUGCUCUCAUGCGUUUCAUUUUGAAUGCAUCUCAUCCAAUGUCCGCCAUGGAAGCAUCACCUGUCCUAUUUGCCGAGCCCAUUGGACCCAGCUGCCCCGCAACCUAAACCCUCCUUGCAACCAGUCUGAUCCAAUUUUCCAAAUCCUUGAUGACUCCAUCGCCACUUUUCGGGUCCACAGGCGCUCUCUCCUGCGCUCUGCUCGAUAUGAUGAUGAUGACCCCAUUGAGACGGAUCACACUGCUACUGCUAGUCAUUCCCGCCUUGAUCUCUUCCUUACACCUGUGGCUCCAACAUUGGGACAGCCGUAUAGCUUUCAUCAUCCUAAUUGCCUACAUUCAUCUUUGCAAUUGAAUGGGAUGAGGAACUCACACUAUCAUCACCAAAAACAUCAUCAAACACCUUUCCUCCAUCCUGCAUCGAGUAGGAGACCUGCAUCUCUCUCGGUAAAACUAGCACAUCAGCCAGCCACAGAUUUGGUUGUGGUAGCAAGCACCAAUGGUCCACACCUGAGACUUCUCAAGCAGUCUAUGGCAUUGGUGGUUUUCUCCCUGCGGACCAUUGAUCGUUUAGCCAUUGUGACUUACUCGUCUUCUGCAGCUCGUGUCUUCCCCCUUAGGCGAAUGACAUCCUGCGGGAAGCGAGCAGCCUUACAAGUCAUUGACCGUCUUUUCUACAUGGGGCAAGCAGAUCCAGAUGAAGGGUUGAAGAAAGGGAUAAAGAUACUUGAACAUCGCUCCCACAAGAAUCCUCACUCCUGUGUAUUGCAUCUGUCUGACAGUCCAACAAGAUCAUACCAUGGCAUGAGCAUGCAACUGCCCAUCCCCAUCCAUAGGUUCCACGUGGGAUUUGGCUUUGGCACUUCAAAUGGGUUCGUCAUGCAUGAAUUCGAAGACUUCUUAGCAAGAGUAUUGGGAGGUGUUAUUCGCGAUGUGCAGUUGAGAAUUAUUGAGGAACAAAGGAUCAUACGACUCGGAGAGCUAAAAGGAGAUGAGGAGAGGAGGAUUUAUUUGGAGAUGGGCGAGCGCGGACAGGUUCAUGUGGAAUAUAGUUAUGUUGAGGGUGGUGAUGAUUUCAUCACAACCGGAGAAACUGUGGUGUCCAUAGGCAACAAGAGAGAAGCAAAGGGUGCUGGUUCAGAAGCCGUUUCAGCAAGGGAUGUGAACGUUAUUGGUGGGAGAAAUAGCAGUGUAGAAACCUGGGAUUACCAUCACCCUCAUAUGGCUAGAAGAUGGGCAAAGCACUUACAUGGCUAUAGGAUUUGAUUAUACUUUCAUAUUUGCUCAAACACACAGGGGAGGGGGACUUGCAUAGAGUAGGACUGCUGUGGCUCUUUAUCCCAUCAAUUAGCUAUUAUAUUGAAUUUGUAAUCUUGAAUUUGCAAUCGUAGCUAAAGGAUUAAGUUUCUUAAUCAUCCAUUUGCAGACAUUUUUUUUUUUAAGUAAUCCAAAGCAAUUCAUUCGGAUU